AUGAAGAAGAUCAGCUGGAUUCGGAAAAACUGGCUCCUCGUGGCUGGACUGUCAUUUGUUGGUGUCCAUCUUGGGACCUAUUUCAUUCAACGAGCCGCAAAGUCCUCUGCUAAAUCAAGCUUGGAAAUUAAAUCAAAGGGUCUUGACGAAUGAAGCAAUCUCUGCAUCAUCACAUUGGUAGCUAACAUAGCAAGUGUGCAUUUGUUUUGUCACUGACUUCAUAGUUGAUUAAAUGUGCUUUGUGGAAACGGAAACCUAUCCUUUUUCUUCUUCUUUUCCUUUUAACAUUUCCAUAAAUACCGGGAAGAAGAGACAGCUGUACAGGGUGUAGUAAGUCCUGAC